UUUUUCUAUUUUUUUUCAUGUCUUAACUAUUUUUCUUUUCUUUUCUUUUCUUUUCCCCCAAACAAACCAAAUAAAGACCAAAAAAGAAAUGAAACAGAAGAUUUUUAUUGUAGCUCUCUAGAAAAAUUUCUGUUAUGGCAUUUCAUUUCUCUUCAGGUGAAUGCGAGUGAUUUUCUGAAGUUGAUGAAUGUGACAAAACCUGUAUGGUGUUGUGAAUUUUGUUUAGUAAUUUAAAAUUAAAGUUAUUAUAGUGAUAAUAUUGGUGAAAAUUGAAAGGAAGAAGAUAUGGGAUACCUAAAUUCUAUACUGUCAAAUUCAAGUCAGGUUCAUGCUGACGAUUCACCGGUUAGCGGUGGUGGUCUCAGCCAGAAUGGGAAGUUCAGUUAUGGAUAUGCAAGCUCUCCAGGGAAAAGAUCUUCCAUGGAAGAUUUUUAUGAGACAAGAAUUGACGGUGUUCAUGGAGAGAUAAUCGGCCUCUUUGGAGUUUUUGAUGGUCAUGGAGGUGCUCGGGCUGCUGAAUAUGUGAAACAAAACCUUUUCAGUAAUUUGAUCAGUCAUCCAAAGUUCAUUUCAGAUACAAAAUCUGCUAUAGCUGAUGCAUACUGUCACACAGACUCGGAAUUUUUGAAAUCAGAAAAUAAUCAAAACCGUGAUGCUGGAUCAACAGCAUCCACUGCGAUUCUUUUCGGUGAUCGUUUACUUGUUGCAAAUGUUGGAGACUCUAGAGCUGUCAUAUGCAGGGGAGGCACUGCUUUUGCUGUUUCUCGAGAUCACAAGCCGGACCAAACUGAUGAGCGACAACGGAUUGAGGAUGCUGGAGGAUUUGUUAUGUGGGCAGGUACUUGGAGAGUUGGUGGUGUUCUUGCCGUCUCUCGUGCAUUUGGUGAUAAGCUCUUGAAGCAGUAUGUUGUUGCUGAUCCAGAAAUUCAGGAGGAGAAAAUCGACAGCUCGCUUGAGUUUCUUAUUCUUGCAAGUGAUGGGCUGUGGGAUGUCGUGACCAAUGAGGAAGCUGUCGAAAUGACUAAACCGAUAGAGGAUCCAGAACAGGCAGCCAGGAGACUGCUGCAAGAUGCAUUCCAGAGAGGCAGUGCGGACAAUAUCACCUGUGUUGUAGUCCGCUUUUUGGCGAAUCAAGUUGCUAGUUCUCGAGGCGCUGCAUCUCAUGGUACUGUUGGUGUUACUUCAGUGUAAAAAAUUUCUGUGUUGUUGUUGUACUAUGGUUUGAUUAUCAGAGCUUGGAGGUGUAUAGGUAGCUAGUUGGGGCAAAAGUUAAGCGUGGCAUGCUGUGAUAGGAUUAGGAAGAUGGAGAAUGUUGCUUAAUAUAUUGAGUAAGCGGUCCUUGAACUUGUGUUUCAGGAUCAAUUAACUAAGCGGUCCUUGAACUUGUGUUUCAGGAUCAAUUAACUGACACUCGGUCAUUUUAAUCAAGAUGACAUACUCUUUUUUUAUGUCAACAAACUCCUAAAUUAUACAAAAUGAACGAGUUAAGGGAUUCCAAUGACCCAUUUCGAGGGUUACUUGAUCUAAAAGUCGAUAGUAUUAUCCUUAAUUGAUUAAAAUGGCGAAGUUUGAAUUAAUUGAUCCGGAUGCACUAGUUAAAGGACCGUGAUGGUCCUUUGUUUUUUUAUAUAUUAGCCUCUAGAAUAGAGCUGUGUUUAGUUCUAUGUAUUUGGCUGAUGGGAUAGCUAGAAAAUGUCCCACUUGUUCAUUUGUAAAGAUUCUGAAUUACUUACUUCUUGUGUUGUAAAUUUGAUUCAUAUUUUUUUCUUCUUUUCAA